AUGCCCAGCUCCACUGCGAUGGCAGUUGGCGCGCUGUCCAGUUCCCUCCUGCUCACCUGCUGCCUGAUGGUGGCCCUGUGCAGCCCGAGGAUCCCGCUGGAGAAGCUGGCCCAGGCGCCGGAGCGGCCGGGCCAGGAGAAGCGCGAGCACGCGUCUCGGGACGGCCCGGGGCGGAUGAGCGAGCUCGGGCGCCCGGCGAGGGACGAGGGCGGCGGCGGCGGCCGGGACUGGAAGGGCAAGAGCGGCCGCGGGCUGGCCGGCCGGGAGGCGUGGAGCAGGCAGAAGCAGGCCUGGGCCGCCCAGGGCGGGGGCGCCGGGGCCGGGGACCUGCAGGGGCGGCCCCGCGGGGACACCCCGCUCGAAGAGCCCCCGGCCGCCGCCGCCCAGGACGUGGCGGGUCCGGAGUCGGAGCCCACGCCCGAGCCGCCGGAGGAGUACGCGUACCCGGAUUACCGGGGCAAGGGCUGCGUGGACGAGAGCGGCUUCGUGUACGCGAUCGGGGAGAAGUUUGCUCCGGGGCCCUCGGCCUGCCCGUGCCUGUGCACCGAGGAGGGGCCGCUGUGUGCACAGCCCGAGUGCCCGCGGCUGCACCCGCGCUGCAUCCACGUUGACACCAGCCAGUGCUGCCCGCAGUGCAAGGAGAAGAAGAACUACUGCGAGUUCCGGGGCAAGACCUACCAGACCCUGGAGGAGUUCGUGGUGUCCCCGUGCGAGCGGUGCCGCUGCGAGGCCAGUGGGGAAGUGCUGUGCGCGGUGUCCGCGUGUCCACAGACCGAGUGCGUGGACCCCGUGUACGAGCCGGACCAGUGCUGCCCCAUCUGCAAAAACGGCCCAAACUGCUUUGCGGAGACUGCUGUCAUCCCUGCCGGGAGAGAGGUGAAGACAGACGAGUGCACCAUCUGUCACUGCACCUAUGAGGAAGGGACCUGGCGGAUCGAGCGCCAGGCCAUGUGCACCAGGCACGAGUGCAGGCAGAUGUAG